AAACGAGAAAUUAAGACACAGAAGGUAGGGAGCCUUCAAUGAAAGAAAAGGAAAAGGAAAGGGAAGGGGACAGAGAGAGAAAGAGAGGCCAUGAGAGGAAUUAGCUACCAACCAAAUUCUUAUUUUUCUCUUUGGAAGCAGAAGUGUGACAAGGUUGAGAUCAACGGCAUUCUUGUUUGUACUAUAACCAUAAUAAUAAUGUGUCGGUGACAAGAGGAAUCUCGACGCUGCGCUCGAAGAUCCGACUAUCUGGGAAGAACCCAGCACAGAUCUGUUGUUUGUUGUCGGUAUUUGCCAAUUUGGUUUCUGGGUCUGCUUGGAUUUGUUGUUCGGUGCAUCUCCAGUUUAUGUAGUUUCUGGGUGUUUUUUUUGUUUUCUUUCUAAAUUGGAUUUGUGAUGGGUUGGAGAUACAAGGCUGGUUUGUUCCUAAUUGCUGCUGUUGUUGUCAUUUGGGUUGCUUCUGCAGAAGUCACCCAGGGUAUCUUUACAGACUAUAAGCAGCCAUUUGCAUUGACUUAUCUCGGGGCUUCACUAAUGGUUGUUUAUCUUCCAAUAGCAUUCAUUAAGGAUUGGAUACGUAGUUUACUAAGAAAACGAUCCUGUAAAAACAGUAAAAGUAUAGAAAUUACUAAUGAGUCCUCUGUUGGACUUAGCUCCCCCUUAAAUUCCACAGGGGGGAACAAAAUCUUUGAAGUGGAACUUGGAGGGAUUUUGAGCAAAAAAGACAGUGGAGCAGACCUCUCUUCCCAUGAAGAAGGAAGGCCUUUAGUUCCUAAACUCAAAGAUGAUGCAGAUGCACUCAAACAAGAGAAAGAACUUACAACCAGGGAGAUUGCUGUUUGUGGAUUUUAUAUUGCUCCUAUCUGGUUUAUUACAGAGUAUUUAUCAAAUGCUGCACUUUUGCGUACAAGUGUUGCAAGUACGACCGUGUUGUCCUCAACUUCCGGGUUGUUCACACUUUUCAUUGGUGCAUUUCUUGGCCAAGAUUCUCUGAACAUGGCAAAAGUUGUCGCAGUAUUUGUCAGCAUGGCUGGUGUUGCCAUGACAACUCUAGGAAAAACUUGGGCCACAGAUGAGUCGCAACUAAAUGCUUCUUCAAAUGGAAAACGCUCUCUUGUUGGAGAUCUUUUUGGCUUGCUCUCAGCUUUGGCAUAUGGGCUAUUUACUGUUCUUCUCAAAAAGUUUGCUGGUGAGGAAGGAGAAAGGGUUGAUGUGCAAAAGUUGUUUGGAUACAUUGGAUUGUUUACACUUGUAGCACUGUGGUGGCUCAUAUGGCCAUUAACAGCCUUAGGAAUUGAACCAAAGUUUACAAUUCCACAUUCAGUCAAAAUGGAUGAAGUUCUUCUUGCCAAUGGAUUUUUUGGAAGUGUUGUUUCUGACUACUUUUGGGCAUUAUGCGUCGUCUGGACAACUCCAUUGGUGGCCACUUUGGGCAUGUCUCUCACCAUUCCACUUGCUAUGGUAGCUGAUAUGGUGAUUCACGGGCGUCAUUAUUCAGCCAUAUACAUUCUAGGUUCUGCUCAGGUUUUUGCAGGAUUUGUAAUAGCUAAUCUUUCAGAUUGGCUGUCCAAAAAGUUAGGUUUAUAGCCAUUUCAUGGAUCCUUCUUGUUUACUUUGGCAUUCAUAAUUCUUUCUUGGGCCUAAGCUCUCUGUCUUGUUGGCGACGAAGUCAAAAAGGGUAAUGUCGAGGUCUGUCUCUUGGAAGGGGGGCUUGUUGGCAUGCAUCUUCAUCAAAGUGAGAAGAAGACGAAGACUAUAUCUCCAGUGUUGUUGUAAGCUGUUUAAGCAAACACAAGCUUUCUCAUAGUCAUAGUGGUCCUCUGUUGAGUGAUGUGGCCCAAUAUGUAAUAAACAGAUUUUGUUCUGAAACUUCUUCUUCUUCUUCUUCUUUAGGUGUUUCUUCUUGUAUUGCCAUGGAUUGUGCAAUUUCAGAUUCCAUGGUUGUUUGUACAAAUAUUUUUGAUAGAUCAUUCCCACAAUUGUAUUUGUGUUUUGUAAUUGAUAGAUCAUCAUGAUUUUGAUUAU